AUGCAGCUUUUCUUUUUCUUUUGCUCUCUCUUUUUUUCAGCACGCAUAUUGGCUAGUUUUACCCCCUCUUCUGCACUUGUCCCUCUCCUUGACUUUCUCUUCCCUUACGUUCAAUUUUCAAUCCCGGCCUAUAGGUUGACCCGGAUGCUCAUAUGUCUUGAGAUUGACGUCUGGGACGGUGUACUGGACCAAUCGAGCUCCGAAUCAGAAGACAAUCCAGAAGAUGAUCACAAAAAGAUGCACAAGAAAAGACACGAAAAAGCUCAAAAGGAGAGCGCUGGCCUGUUCAGCUUGUCAUCUCUUUCAGAUCGCUUUGGUAAACUCGGCACCAAAAGCACACCUGAUCCUGUGCCUGCUAAGGCCCCGGCAACAGAUGCAAUACGCUGUGAACCCCGAGUAUUUCACGGUCAUACACUAACUAAAGAAGUAUCAUUCCGUGAUGUAUGUUACACAAUCCGUGAUAAUGCAUUUGUAACUAGCGACCUGCCAGUGAUCGUCAGCCUGGAGGUUCAUGCUUCCCAUGAACAGCAAGAGGUUAUGGUUGAUAUCAUGACUGAAGCAUGGAAAGGGCUUCUUGUGGAGCUCACCCCUGAAAUGGAUGCCCAGAUUGCCAAUGGAGACUUAGACCAUCUUUCUAACCCAGGCUCCCUGAGGAAUAAAAUCCUGAUAAAGGUGAAAUGGGUAUCUCCCGAUAAAGACGAUACCCCGCCUGCCGAAGGGUCCAUCGAGGUUAUUGACCUUCAGACUGUGGGCGGAGACGGUGAUGGAGCUCAGAAUAAGGCCGUAGCUGGAUCGACGUCGACGAAAACAAAGCCUCAAAAGAUCAUUCAGUCCCUUAGCCGACUCGGAAUAUUCACGCGCGGUUAUACUUUUCAUAACUUUGCUCAACCUGAGACUGAACUCGUUGGUUGCUGUGUCCAAGAAAAAGAUUACUCUUGUUCCGAGCAAGAAAGUGAUACAUUCCCUACGGAGUAUAAUCUACGGAUACUGAGUAUUAACUUGUACGUUCUCACAGAAGCGAAGAUUCCACAUCAUAUAUUCUCGCUCUCAGAGGCCGCAGUGAAAGCUGCACACGAAAAGGAACGUCAAGCAUUAUUCGAUCACAACAAAGAAUUUAUGAUGCGAACUUAUCCCUCAGGAAUGCGAGUAGAUUCCUCGAAUUUAGACCCAUCUUUUGCCUGGCGUCAAGGCAUUCAAGUUGUUGCUCUCAACUGGCAAAGUUGCGACAAAGGAAUGAUGCUGAACAAAGGGAUGUUCGCAGGAAGUGGGGGAUGGGUGCUGAAACCCUCGGAGUAUCGUGGAUCGGCUGCUCGCAGCAGUUCGACAAGCUCAUCGCCGCAGGAGCAGCUGGCGGCCGCCGUCAACGACGGGGGUCCUAAGAGUGUGCAGGCAAGUACGAGUGUUCGACGCAAUGUGAAUUUGUCUAUUGAAAUCUAUGCAGGACAGAACAUAAUGGCGGGGGAUGGGAAGUCAAAUCCCAAAAGUUUCCAUCCAUAUGUAGCCUGUCAUUUGCAUGUUGAACGACCCAAGGACAGCAUCCAUGCUACCAGCAAGGAUUAUGACAGCAGUGACCCCAACUACAAAUGUCGAACUAAAACUUGCAGCGGCGCCGAUCCGGACUUUGGAGGCCAAAUCCUCCAAUUCCCAAGCGCUCCUGGGAUUCUUGAAGAGCUCUCUUUUGUCAGGUUAGUGAAAGCCCAGCCAAUCACCCCCUUUUCCAUCCGACCUGCAUAUCACAACCAGCGCCGCAUCGUUAGGAGGUGUGGAUGGGUGCUGAUAUGUUCGACGUCUCCACAUGCCAAUGUGAUUCCUUUUUCAUGGCGGAAUCACCUGGUGACUCCUACAUACGCCCUCGUAGGGAUGUCUAGAGUACGGCGUGCGGGCAAGAGUUUACUGUCCCAACUUGGAGAGGGGACGGAGUAG